GUCAACUUGAACUUGAUAUUGUUUUAUUUAUAGACGAGGAUUAGGACAGGAUGCCUAGUCUGAGGAUUUACUACAAGUCUGUACUUGGACUGAGAUGCUUACAAUCGAGACUUUUCUCCUCCUCUUCUUCAGUAAAGGAAGAUAACAGGCAGUUGCUCAAGGCUGGGACGCGAUACCUCUCUGAGGACACCAUUGAAAGGACUAGGAAGAACGUGGAGCUUCGUAAACUUUACAUUGAUUUUGAUCACUUGGUAGGCGAGUACCACAAGUACCUUCAACUGCAGGAAAGGAUCAGUGACUUAGAGCAUGAAAAGAAAAGAGCAAGCGAAAUUAUAUCAUCUACAACAAUUGAUAAUGAGAAAGAAGAUAUGAUAUACCAAGUGCGACAACUCAAGAGCAAGCUUAACGACUUAAAAGCUGAGAUGCAUCCAGUUGAGAAGUCAUUUAUUCACAAUGUUUCGUUUCUUCCUAACAAUAUUCAUCCUGAUGCGCCGAUUGGUCAUGAACCAAGACUAGUGGAAUAUCUCAAUAAAAAACAUUGUCGUGACUUUACGCCACUUGACUACAAAGAGCUCGGAAAGAGACAUGAUCUGUUUGAUAUCCCUUCUGCUGCCCAGUGCUCCGGAGAAGGUUUCUAUUAUCUCAAAGGAGAAGCUGCUGUACUAGAGCUAGCACUGAUACAAUAUGCCAUGAGUAAAGCCAUCAAGAAUGGUUAUUAUCCUAUAGCUACACCAGAUGUCAUUAGAACACAUGUGGCUGAUAGGUGUGGUUAUCAGGCUCGUAGUGGGGAAAACCAGUAUUAUUUACUUGCUAAUGAGGACAAGUGUUUGAGUGGGACUGCUGAAAUCCCACUAGCAGGAAUGUAUCUUAACAAAAAUGUAUUAUACAGUGAUCUACCAAUAAAGCUUGUUGCUUUUGGUAGAUGCUUUAGAGUUGAAACUGGUGGUAGAGGUAGAGGUGAAGGAAGACUUUAUAGAGUCCACCAAUUUUCAAAGGUCGAGCUCUUUGGUUUAACAGCGAAUGAAGACAGAACUGAGAGUGAGGAACUCCUUGAUGAAAUGGUGGCACUCCAGAAGGAGAUCAAUACAGAACUGGGCCUUCAUUGCAGGGUCCUAGAUAUGCCCACGGAAGACUUAGGAGUACCUGCUUAUAGGAAGUUUGACAUUGAAGCAUGGAUGCCUGGCUUAAAUAGAUAUGGAGAAGUUACCAGUGCUUCUAACUGCACUGAUUAUCAAAGCCAAAGAUUAAAUAUAACUUAUAGAAUGAAAGAUGUUCCUGUAUCUAAAUAUAAAACAUGUCCUGAUUGGAAAUACGUGCACACAGUUAAUGGAACAGCUUGUGCUGUCCCUCGUACUUUAAUAGCAUUACUGGAAACACAUCAAAAGGAGAAUGGCUCUUACUCAUUGCCUGAUGUACUAGGUGUUAAGCUCUAGACUUUGAACACUUUUAGUGACUGUACAGUUGCAUACAUUUGUUUUUUUUUACUCAAAAACUAUAUUUUGCUCAUGUUUAAAUGUUUUAUUAUGUCAA